AUGGCGCCAGAUGAGAGGAAAGUGACAUUUCGAACAGAGUUUGCUGGUGCAACAGAGCAUUCUGGAUUUGAUGGCCAUCGCCUAUUUGGUUUCGUGAUUCCAAAUGCAACUAGCGAAUAUCAUUUCGCCGUGGCAUCGAAAGGAUUUGCUGAAGUUUGGUUGAGUUCGAACAGCAGAUGGAGAGUGGCGAGAAAAAUUGCCCACAUCACUCCUUUUGAUGCGUACUCUGCAGCAACAACUUGGCAUUUUAAUGUCUCCAUAACACAGAUCUCAGCAGCAAUUCAUCUAAAAGCCAGAAGACGAUACUAUAUAGAGAUAUUGCAUACUAAUAGCGCUGAGAGGAAUCUCGAUAAUUUUCUUCGUGUUGCUUGGAAACGCUCACAAGAUUCUGACUUCGAAACAAUUGAUGGGAGAUCUUUAUCUUUAUACACGGAAGACGAGGAAACAGGAAUAUACAAAAUAUUCGACGAUGAACUGCCAGGUGCUGUUGCUUGUGAGACAAAAAAUGAAAAAGGCCAUGCAAAUAGAUAUAUGAGGGCAGAAACGCUUCACUAUCUUGAGCACUCAGAAGUUGAGGGUAUAUUGGACUAUUGUGAGUACAAGCCCAGCUAUGCCAUCGAUCGUGCCAACGUGCAGAAUUUUCGACGGUACGAUGGAGUGCAAGAGCAUGUCCGCAGAAUGUACAGUUUUCCUUUUCCGAUUGUUGAUGGUAUUAUAAGACAGAAAACAUCCAAGGUGUCUUUUCACGCUGAAUAUCCUUUAGAAGUGAACGAGGCUUGGCUAAUAGUGUACAAAUACAUGGACGCCCUUCGACAAAGAUCUUCUGGGUAA